CCCACCGCGGACGUCUUCAUGGAGAAUAAGCUUGCGGUGGUCGUAAGUCUUCGUUAUGUGAGCAGAUUGUAGACUCUCGUUCAAUGUUAAAUGUUGACUAAAUGGCAAAAACCGAGCAGGGCAAUGGACUCGACAUGCGGGGCAGCACGGAAAAGCUGACAGGUAGCGGGACGGGCGGCUUCAAUGGGUCCGACCCAGAGGUACACGGUAACGGCGUCGUGGAGGAGACUCAGGUGGACAAGUACGGCUUCGCGGGAGGAGCCCAGCAAUCCUCCGGAGACACUGCAGAAGGAAUACCUCAUGAGGUGCUAAGGCAGCGAGAGUCAAAAUGGCUGGAGAUGCUCAACAGCUGGGACAAGUGGAUGGCCAAAAAACACAAGAAGGUGAAAGAGCGCUGUCAGAAGGGAAUCCCUCCCUCUCUGCGUGGACGGGCCUGGCUCUACCUCACAGGGGGGAAAGUUAGAAGGGAGCAAAACCAGGGCAAAUUCCAGGAACUGGACGAUCAGCCUGGGGAUCCUAAAUGGAUAGAUAUUAUAGAGAGGGACCUCCAUCGACAGUUUCCCUUCCAUGAAAUGUUUGCGGCAAGAGGAGGUCAUGGGCAGCAGGACCUGUUCCGCGUGCUGAAGGCGUAUACUCUGCAUCGUCCUGAGGAGGGUUACUGUCAGGCUCAGGCUCCAAUCGCUGCUGUACUUCUGAUGCACAUGCCAGCAGAGGAUGCUUUCUGGGUUCUGGUCCAGAUCUGUGAGAAAUACCUCCCUGGAUACUACAGCACAGGGCUGGAGGCGAUCCAGCUGGACGGGGAGAUCCUGUACGCUCUGCUGCGGCGGGUGUCUCCUGUGGCCCACCGUCACCUGAAGAAGCACAAGCUGGAGCCCAUCCUGUACAUGACAGAGUGGUUCAUGUGUGCCUUCUCUCGGACACUACCCUGGGCCUCAGUGCUGCGUGUGUGGGACAUGUUCCUUUGUGAGGGAGUAAAAAUCCUCUUCAAGGUCGGCCUGGUUCUCUUGAAAUGCAUGUUGGGAUCCCAAGAGAAACUCAAAACCGGUCAAGGUCUUUAUGAAACAAUGGAGCUACUCCGUGCUAUAAAGCUACAGUACAUGCAGGAAGAAUUCCUGGUGCAGGAGGUGAUUGAGUUAGCGGUGUCUGAGAAAGACAUUGAGAAGGAGCAUCAUACUCAGCUCAGGCGCUGGAAGGAGUCCCGCGGCGACCUACACUGCAAGUCCCCUCCAAGGAUGCACGGCGCGAAGGCCAUCAUGGCCGCCGAGCCGCCCAGAAGACAGGACCUGAGGCAGAGGCCCACCAUCAUAGUGGAGUCUCCCCUGGCACUACAAACAGACGGGGGGAAGGCGGAGGGCGCCAUAGGGAGCAGAAAGACUAAAGAGGAGAAAGAGAAGAAAAAUGCCUCCUCAUCACAGGAGACUGUUGAUCCUUACCUUCCUCCCAGUGACCCCUCACCUCUACUCAAUCACAUGACUGUGCAAGGGUCCAAAGAGAGUCUGAGCAGUGCUGAGCAUGACACUUACCUGUAGCAGGGUGAGUGCCAAAAGUUUACUCACACAAAUCAUUCCACACAACUCGGCUGUUGUAGUCUAGACUGUGACAAAUUUUAGUAAAGCUAUUUUUACAAAGGUAAAACUCCAGGAAACAGUUGUUGAAAUAAAACACUGUAACAGUUGGCAAAAAUGCCCUUUUUUUUCUUAGACUACUAAGUGUCAUUUUAUUUGCACAGGCUGUUGUCCUUUAUGGCAAUUUUUUUUUGGCAAUAAGAAGCGUAACGAAAAUGUACCAUAAGAUUAUUUUAUAUUUUUAAAAUAGAAUGAAACUGAUACAUGUGUAAUUACCAGGGAGUAACAACAGAUGGCGACAACGUGCCUUUUGCAUUGAUGUCAACAAGGUUUUUAGCCUGUGGGAUUGUGAAGCUGUUAGCUUUAUAUGACUGAAUUUAUGGAGAUGUGAACUCACUAACUCACUGUUAAAAGUUACUUCUGCUAUUUACCUUUUAUAGCAGAACUCUGUUUAUAUUAUCGUAAAUGAAGUACGGUCCUGUCUGAAUUAAUGGGAUCUUUACUGGAGCACUUCAAAGUCUUCCACUUUGCCUGCGUUUGUUGCUAUGUUGCCAAUGCAGAGAUUAGUAUUUAUCUUGCUUUGCUAGACCCACUCACACUGAUAUGCAGACACACAGAUAUGACAGCGUAUCUGUUAGGGAGUAUCUUUAGACAGUUAGGCUGCAUUCAGGAGUUUGUCUUUGCUGUUGCUGAACACUUGAGGGCGUCCUCAGAUCAUCUCGCAGCCGCAGCCGUGACCAGCAGCAUGAACUUUCUCCAGUUGUGUUGAUCUCAGAUGAAGGAAAGUGUGUAGGGAAUAUUUGCGCUACAAAGCCAAAGAUUUUUUUUUAAUAUACUGAGCAGUUUUAUCAAUCACGUUGUGAUACUGUAUUUGACUGUGUUCAGUAUCAGAGAGCUUUUCAGGUUUUUAUUUAUGUUGUGAGGAGAUAUGGCGAAAUGUAAUGUUAAAGCACUCGAACACAAAAGUGUUUUUUCACAAUUGUGCUAAAGGUUUGUGGCCCCUUAGCCUUUCAAAUAUUUGAUUUCACAGAAAAAGAAAGCUUGAGUCUUACAUCCUAAACCAGGAUGACAUGAAUGUGCUACAUGGUGUUACCUUUUUUAAAACCACUGCCAUAAUGAGCUCAAAAUAAAGGUUUCUUUGUCAUAUGGAAUAACCAUAGCUGAUUGAAGGCUCUUGUGUAGGCGCCAGAAUGAACUUGUAAGAAAUCCAGUUGAGAAUAAAUUUAAGCAAUAAAAGGUAUUCAAAGUCGAGGGAGACAUAAACCUUCAGUGGUGUAGUGGUGCCUAAAGAAUUGGGUAUACUCUUCAUUUUUUUCCCCACAGUUUUUUUUUUUUUUAAGGGGCCGGUCCAGCAGAGUAUAAACGGCCUCUGUUAUUAACAGUGGUAAGAUUACACAGUUGUAAAGUACUCGUCAGUUAGAGACAGAAUAGGGAGAGUCAUCUCUUCACCAUCCUAGGAAACAAAACUGCAGCAUACUACUGAAUAUUGUCAAUCAAGAAGUGGGUAUGCCCUAUUGAGACUGAAAAAUAAGUGGGUAUACUCUGUAUACCUGGGUAUACUCUGCCUGAACUUCACCACUGACUUUAGGUGAUGAGCAAACAGUUUGUGUUGAUACUCAUAGUAUCUGACUUGUUUCAAAGAAGAAAUUCUUGAAUGUAAUCAUAAACAAUCACCAUUUAACAAUCUUCUUCCUGGACUGUACUUAAUCAGCAGUUAAAGUGUAAUUGUACUACUACAACAACAACAACAACAACAACAACAACAACAACAACAACAACAUGCAUUGUGAAGUGUUUUGUAAUAAAAUAUCUUUUUGUUUUUUUGUGAUUUAUGAUAGAGUUAGUUUGUGAUUUUUUUUAAGUAUGUGCUGGGAGUUGAUUGAGAAGCACUGUGUUCCUGCCACAUCCCUGAAUCUUUAAACAAUGUUGUUCCAAUCUGUAGCAAGAACAUGCGCCAUAAUGUCACAGUGGGACAGGUUAUGGGUUGACUUUCUACGUUGCGUUUUCUACACUGUCAUGUAGAUGGUGCUACAGAGCUCCAUUCAGGGAUUCGUAUUACUAGUGACUCAGUCAGUCUGAAGGAUACAGGCUGUGCAAGAUGUUCUUGCCAUCUUAAAACAAAAUGUUUGAAUGUGAUUGAAAUUAAAACUGAUGAAAUCGAAAUACUAACCAAUCAAAGCCACUCCAAAAGAAAGGUAAGAGACCCAUUAUAACUGAAUUUAAUGAGAACAAUCAUUUAGCCGGGGCUUGUAAAUGUGCAACUUAUCCAUCCAUCUCCAUAGAUACGUAUACAGGACUUUUAUUUCUGAUCUUUUUUUUUCCCCAUUUGAUUUGAUAUUCCUUAUCUGCAUACUGUUUUAUACUGAGUUACAUUUAAAUCAAUAAAAUGUGAAACUCUU